UCCCCCGACUCCGAGCACCACCACACCGCAGCCGAUCUCGGACAUCUCGGCCAUGGAGAAGGCGAUCGACCGGCAGCGCGUGCUCCUCGCGCACCUCCUCCCCUCCUCCUCCUCCGCCACCGGCCAGCCCCAGCUAUCCGCGUCGGAGUGCGCGGCGGGGGACAGCGCCGCAUACCAGAGGAGCUCCUGCUUCGGGGACGACGUCGUCAUCGUCGCUGCUUACCGGACACCGAUAUGCAAGGCCAAGCGCGGAGGUUUCAAGGACACGUUCCCGGAGGACCUUCUCACCCCUGUCCUCAAGGCUGUUCUGGACAAAACUAGAAUCAACCCAGCUGAGAUUGGCGACGUUGUAGUUGGGACGGUGCUAGGCCCAGGUUCCCAGCGUGCAAUCGAGUGCAGGACGGCAUCUUUGCUGGCUGGAAUUCCUGAAACCGUUCCUGUGAGAACUGUGAACCGGCAAUGCUCGUCCGGGCUACAGGCUGUAGCUGAUGUUGCCGCUGCUAUUAAAGCCGGCUUCUAUGACAUAGGGAUUGGUGCUGGUCUGGAAUCCAUGUCAACAAAUUCUGUUGGUUGGGAAGGCGAAGUAAACCCCAGAGUGAUUGAAUUACAGAAAGCACAGGAUUGUCUCCUGCCCAUGGGAAUAACGUCUGAAAAUGUUGCUGAGCGAUAUGGCGUAACCAGACAAGAGCAAGAUCAGGCUGCUGCUGAAUCUCAUGCGAGAGCUGCCGCAGCCACGGCUUCUGGAAAAUUCAAGGAAGAGAUUGUUCCAGUGCAUACAAAGAUCAUUGACCCGAAAACUGGAGAGGCAAAGAAAGUUGUGAUAUCAGUUGAUGAUGGAAUUAGGCCAGGGACCACAGUAUCUGGAUUGGCGAAGCUUAAAACAGUUUUUAAGAAGGAUGGGACUACAACAGCAGGCAAUUCUAGUCAAGUGAGUGAUGGUGCUGGAGCUGUUCUUCUCAUGAGGAGAUCUGUGGCAGUGAGCAAGGGGCUUCCUAUACUUGGUGUUUUCAGGAGUUUCGUUGCUGUUGGAGUGGAUCCAGCUGUUAUGGGAGUUGGUCCUGCGGUGGCAAUACCUGCUGCGGUGAAGGCUGCUGGCCUUGAGAUUGAUGACAUUGAUCUCUUUGAAUUGAAUGAGGCAUUUGCAUCUCAAUUUGUGUACUGCUGCAACAAGUUGGGACUCGACCGGUCAAAAGUAAAUGUGAACGGAGGUGCGAUCGCCAUGGGACACCCUCUUGGCGCAACAGGUGCCCGUUGCAUCUCGACCCUUCUGAAUGAAAUGAAGCGCCGGGGCAGGGACUGCAGAUUCGGUGUUGUGACCAUGUGCAUCGGAUCUGGCAUGGGCGCGGGGGCUGUCUUUGAGAGGGGAGACUCGGUGGACGAGCUCUCCAAUGCACGCCCAAUCCAGUCCCACAAUUUCCUGUCCAAGGAUGCGAAGCACUAGCGCAGAAUUAAACUCAUUGUCGCCUGUGUCGAGGUACAGAUCCUCAAGCAGCAAUACCCACAGCGUAAUGCUAAUAACUACAAGAAAGAAGAAAGAAGUGUAAUUUCCUGGAACAAAAAAAUGGUUGUAGUGUCAUAAAGUUUCCAUGUACCGUUGCACUUGCCACAAAUAAAGAUCAUUUUCCACAGUAA